GUCCCUUAGAUUUUCUGCUUUCAACUCGGCUCGAUUAUGUCUGGUCUUCUUUGAGAUUUUGCAUGGUUCCUUGCGAUUUAGUGAAAUAACAAUUGAUGGAUUAAUGCUGCCAUGGUCUACUCGAAAUGUGAUGAUGAUCUAUAUGCAGAGAGAAUAGGGCCCGUGAAGGAGCGAUUGGUAAGGGCCGUGUUGCGGAUCAACGAACACAAGCUGACCAGACGGAUAGAGAUGGAGUUGUGGUGGGAGAUGUUGCAGAAACAAGUGUGCUUGCUUGCGAAGCUGGCAGACAUUCCUGCACUCAUGCGAUCUUUCACUGACAAUCUGAUGCUGAAGUUUCUGAAUGAAAAGCUUCUCCAAACCUCUAACCCCAAUGUGAUGAUGAAUGAUGGUGCCUCACUGUCACGGAUGACGCCCAACCUGGCCAGGUGUAUGCUCGCAAUGUUAAGCAACGUUACAAGCUCGGCCAAAAGGAGAUUGGACUGCAAGCUACAGACUGCGGUCAAUCAGGCAGCUGCAGAGAAGUUGCUGUGCAUACCCAGGAUGAUAGCGGAGUCGCUCCUCCUUGCGAGCACCCCGGAUACACCUCUUUUCUUCAACUCACGCGAAGAGUAUGUGUCACUUACGGUUGCACGAGUUUCGAAAAGCAGUAACAACAUCUCGGUGCUUGUUGCAGAAGCAGGCCCUGCAACAACUUUUAUCAGCAUCAGGGAUGAGGAUGAUGGCCUUGAUGACAGCAUAUUGGACACGAUUGUGGAGACAUUUUUUGAUACAAACCCAAUUUUCUCAGCCAUUCUGAGAAGGAUUCCGCUUGGGAACAUUCUGCUGAUUGUGCAUGUAAGAAACAGCACCACAAAUGAGCGGCUGCUUCCUGCGCACGUGGUCGUCGAGGUCAAUGGCACUCGUCUGCCAUCACACAGCUUCUCAGGGUUGCCACAAUUCUGGACUUCCUCUGCAGUUGGCGCUGACUUGGGCGACAAUGCGCCUUUCCCAGCUUCUCAGCAUCCAAUGGCUAGCAAUAACAGUCUUCUAGCAGACCGUGCAAGCAAGAGUGGGUCGCAUGGGGAACAGAGCCAUUCAUCACAAGUAAUAGGAAUCUGGAGAGCAGCACUUGAUCAACUCUCCAGUUUUCUGUCGGCUCCCAAAUUCUUUAUUCGGCACGAAGAGCAUAACAAUGCAGCACAUGUCGAUGAUGUUGCAGCCUCGCCACAUGCAGGGUCGUUGUCCUCGCUGAUGGAGUCAGGCUUGAUUAAGCUGUCGUCAGUUCCAAUGAGCAGAGGACCAUGGCAGAUCGCGGCAACUAUCAACGAUCUUCGCUGGCAUGCUCCCAUCGUUGCGCUCCUUACUAUCGCUCUUUGCAGUGGUGUGUUUUGUGAGGCGUCAAGGAGGGGAUGGAAGAAAAGGAGGUGUGCACACAGGCUGCAGAAUCCUGUGCCCAUGUCAUCUGAAUGGACUCAAACGACAUGCCGACAAGCAAACCUAGCAGAUUAUUUGCACGUGCAGUGCAGAAGUGUGAUGCCUUCAUAUUACAGCAAAGAUCGGCAUGGCCCCAAGGUUGUCGGAAUCCUUUCCGCAGGGAAUUAAUCAGAGAAUUGGGUUUCUAAAUCAAUUGACAGUCUGACACAGAAGGUUGACCAGUCUCCAGUCAAUCUUACCUUUGUGUUCUUUAGUAGGUUGCCACAUUGUGUGGUUGUUUUCAUUAUCAAUGUGUUGUAUGUGCAUUUUCUCUUUGUCGUCCUAGGUGGUACACGGCAGGGCGGCAGAGGGAAUAAAGAAGAAAAAGAUGUCAUCUGAGUCCUUGCGGUUUCUAUUCUUAGGGGCAUGUCCAGGUCUUUGUAAGGAACGUGUGACAGUCACAAUCAGAUGGUAGUAGUUAACUUCAGAUAGCAUAAGCCAAAACCUAGACAAAGGCAUCGCUCAGUGAGGCCUGUCCCUUGAUCUUUGUGGCCAGGUACUAAGCCUGCUGAAGAGUCAAUGGAGCUAUGGAAGAGCCCUGCCAGCAGGGUCUUUGAAGCAUCAUUGCAGAGGACACAGAGAGCGGAAGGCCAAUAGGGUCUUGGUUGGGAAGUUUUUUUUUUUUUUUUCUUUCCUUUUUUUAACUAAGCUAUAUUCUUCACUCAUAUACCGCACUCUCUACAUAACCUCUUAUCUAAGUCCAGUUCCGAGUAUCGAUUGUUGCAGUAUAUGUACGCUCACAAGCUGGGGUGUCCUAAGAGUUAUGGGGUGGGAACUUUGUCAACGUCGCUCUUUGAGUAUGCUUUGUGUCAUUCCGAUGAUGCCAAGCGUGUUAGCAUUCAUUAAGCCAGCCAUGUCAUUCCAGGAACAGUAUGUCUUGAUGCCAAGCUAGCGGAAAGCAGUGAAAAGCUGCUAUGAAGCAGAGUGUUACUGUGGACGAGGACUUGGAGAAAGGACGAGGUGGACGGCCUUCCCCCCUCUUCUCCACUCUCCAGUUGUAUAUUGCAUGGGACUGGAAACAUGGCAGGAUGGAUGGGCGGUAUUUCCUGAAUGGAAGGGAGAAGGUGGUUAUCCAGCAGGCAAGCAAUGCCAAGCAUGUUACACAGAGAGAGAGAGAGAGAGAGAGAGAGAGAGAGAGAGAGAGAGAGAGAGAGAGAGAGAGAGAGAGAGAGAGCAAGAGAGAGAGCAUGGAGGGUGCUGGAAAAGGUGCAAGAGGAUCGGAACACUUUUCCCCCGGCCAACAUGGUCAAUCACACAGAGAAUUGCACUCAUCCAUUGCUGGGUGCUGCGGACGAAGGGAGAGCUAUAGAAAAAAAGACUGCUCAGGGUACAAAGACAGACCCGUGACGCAGCAUGCAGGUGCUCAAUCUGAUAGGUGUAAGGUACUUUAUUUCAUUUCGAGUAGACCAGCAAGCUGAGAAAAGAAGUGAAAAGGAGCCUUGUGGUCCCCGAUAAUAUGCCUGACUUUCAGCACAGUACUACAGUAGUCACAGAAAUGGGGUCAAAAUGUGUCUUGUGACAUUGUCGGCAGUAGAGCUGCGGCAUUCGCGCCAGGAAGAGUUGGAAGGAAGGUUGCAGAAUUGCCGGGCCACAGAUGAGUCAGCGAUAUCAACCUCAAGCUGUCAAAUUGGAAAUGCUGGACUGUGACAAAGUGGUUUCUUCGUCUUCCAGAAAAAAGUAUGUGGAGCCCUUCAGGAGCACAGAGGAGUGUUUGACUCCCACAGGAAAUAGAACCACAGGAAAAGCAGUGGACAGGGUAUCACGCUCUGAAUUCCAAAAAUGGGGCAAACACCAGGUCCAGAACUUAGCUUAACUUAGCUUAGAAAGUACUUGACCAUGUUUUCGGAGAAGAAAGAACCUGUGUGUCUCCAUUAGCCUAACAACAGUGACACCUAAGCCUUUCAGUACAUAAAUCAAAGACUUCAGGAACU